AUGCCCGGAGCACGGAAUGUUGAACUGCAUCACGAUGACCUGGGCGUCGAUCUGGCACGCAAUCAAAACAAUAACGCUACGAGUGAAUCGAAUGCACCUUCCGAGCGUAUAAUUACUGUUUCGCAAACGCGUAUAGACCAUAACUCGAUCGGCGGGCGCAUCGAGCCGUUGCGAAACUCGCGCACUAAAGCCAAGCCACCCGGCCCGCCCAGCCGCUGGGCGGCCGAUGACGCCCCCAGA